AUGCCUUCCGACGACGCAUUUGACCUGUAUAGCCUACCCAAAGCCACUGCUCCUGCGAGCAGGAAGAAGGAAAGCAGGCGGCAUCCUGGGGAAAGUAGUAGCAAUCCCUCAAAGAAAAGGGCCAGGAUUGAGGAUCCUCCUGCACCCGUUCCUUCCAAAGAAACUACUCCUCCACCAGCUCCUGUCGACCAGACUCUUCCACCAGCUCUCGUCGACCAGACUCCUCCACCAGUUCCCGUCGACUCGACUCCUCCUGAUAAGUCAGGAAAUACUCAAGGAGAGGCUAUCAUGAACAUAGCCUUCAACUCAGCCAACGACAAGCUAAAGAAGCUAUCAAGGCAUCGGCGUAGCCGAGAAGCCAUCAACAACACUGGCUCCAUGACAGUCGACCAAAUUUUCAGCUGCGGGCUGAACGAAGUACUCAGUGGAGUUCUAACCCUGAGUACUGGCUGGCGCCGCUCAGAGGUAAUGGCUGUCGAAUAUGAUAAAGAGUCUAAGGCUGUUGAAGAGAGACUUGGCGAGCAGCUUAAAGUGGCCGAGGCCAAACACGUCGAGCAGCUCAAGGCAGCUGAGGAGAAAAAUGCCGAACAGCUAAGAGCUGCUGAGGAGAAAAUUACCAACUGGGCCUCCAAACUUCAAGAUGAACUGGCGAUCGACAGGAAAGAAACUGCUGAACUAGAGGAGCGAGUUAAAUUGCUUGAAGAAACCAACGCUAGUGAUCUGGAGCGGUUCAAGGGAGCAACCUUCAACUACUUUUAUAUGUUUUGGAAAAACAACCUCAAGGCAAACUUUGAUUAUUUACCAGAGUGUAUGAAGCAGGCUGAGUUGGCAAAAUGCAUUGCUCGCCUUGAAGAGGAGGCAAAAGUUCAGGCAUCCCCCGAGAUCUCUUUGGCGACGGGUAUUGACAGCAUCGACGAGGAUGCUGGGACCUCCAUCGACCAGCAGCCCCAACAAGAUCCUCCAGCUGCUCCAUAA